AUGGUUAUUGAUAAAGUUAUGCCGAGUGAGGCUACGUUUACGAAUGCAGUGAGGCUAGCUUCUGUUUUGGAAGACCCGGAAAUGGCUUUUGAUACGGUUAAGCAAAUGAAGGGUUUUGGUAUUCUUUCAAAAUUGAGAAUGUAUGGACUGGCUCUGUUUGGAUUUUUAAAGAAAGGGAUAGUCGAUAGAGCUUAUGAAGUGAUGAACAUAUGA